CUGUGUUCAAGCCAUCCGCACUUUUUCCAGUCUGCGGAGCCUGAGCCAGCUCCAGCUGCAGCAGAUGAUCCGUUUGGAGAUGCUCCCGUUGAUCUGCCAGAGACUGCAUUUUGCGAUCGGCUGGACGACAAGUCUGUCCCGCGAUCUCGGAAUGGUUUUGGUCACCGAGGAGGAUUUCGUGGUAGAGGUGGCGGUCCUCGUGGUCAGUUUCGUGGUGGACAUCGAGGGAAUUUGCGGGGAAGGGGUGGAGCAGCUACCAACAAUCUGAAGCGGUCAUGGACUGGCAAACCGGUUGAAAGUCCAACUGGUCUUCUCCUGGACUCCUAUUCGCUCGAAACGCUUAUGGCGACUGAGUUCGCUUCUGACAUCUCGAUAGAGGAGCUUGGAGAUGAGAUGGCAAGAGCUAUGGGCGAGCGUGAUCCAAGAACUGUCAAAAGUAUUGUACAGGCUUGUGGAAUGGAAAAAGCACUUGCACUUUUUGAAGAAACUCGCAAUGUAGAAUCUCAUGGUGGAAUGAUGGUAUCAUUUUCAACAAAAUUGACAAUGCGGUAA